CUCUCCACUCGUGAGGUUUGGACAGUUAACACCAUGCAGCGCAAUCUAGCACUUGUGCACUGCAGGGCUGAUCGCUCCACAUGACACAUGUGAUCCAUGCUAGCACAGGUCAUGUAGAAAGAGCCGGCGACGCGAACAUGGAAGGUCCUGCUGAGAUACAAGCUGAGAUAGUUGGAGUCAGAGCCGCGCAUGCGCAAUCGGACGGAGGCAGAGUCAGAGCCGCGCAUGCGCAGUAGGACGCGCAGCGGCAGCAUGGCGGAGCCCGCACAGAAACACGCGCUGGAGAUGAGUGCAGAUGAGUGAUGUUUGUGUUUCAGGUGCGGACGGACGGCGCAGACGAGGGCUGUGUGACGUUUGUGCUUCAUGAAGAGGAUCACACGCUGGGAAACUCGCUCCGAUACAUGAUCAUGAAGAGUCAGGACGUGGAGUUCUGUGGCUACAGCAUCACACACCCGUCAGAAAGCAAGAUCAACUUCCGCAUUCAGACGCGAGAUGGGAUCGCAGCAUCUGAGCCUCUGCGCAGCGGCCUGAACAGCCUGACUGAAGUCUGCAGACAUGUGCUGCACACCUUUGAGACUCAAAGCUGUGUUUGUCUCGGAUCUCGAUUGAAACAGGCACAGAUGCAAGCAUUCAGGGAUAAAGAAGAGUUGAUGUCAUGAAGAUCAGGAUGAAUGGAUGUAGAAACUGAAGCAUGCUCUGCUCUUGAUUACACGAGAAACAGACACCUUCCUUAUGCAUGCAUAUGUAUGAUUUUGUAUAUCUCAUAUUAUGUACAUUAACAAACGGUUUGUGCCAGUGCACUAAAAAGUUUCUAAACUCACAUCUUGAGUAGAACCAGUAUUGAUUUGUCUAUAUGAAAAUAUAUUCUGAGAGAAAUACAUUUUGAACUGUUAUAAGAUCAUACAAGGAAUGCAUUUUCAGAUAUAAAAAUCACAGAUAUGUUUUGGAUCAAUAUUUAUUCGCAGUGUUUAACAUGAGACGAUGCAUCAUAAAUCAUAUGAGACACAAGUGAUGUGAUCUCCGACAAUUAAUUUUGAUUUUGAGCAUUCCUGAACAAUAAAAGCAGAUUGUAAUAAUGUCUUUUGCAAGUCUUCAUUCCUGUUUGUUUCUCAGAUCCAGUGUUUGUUUUUACAAAAUAACGUCCUUCUCACGCCAAAUGUGGAGCUAAAGGGACAAUGUUAACUGCCACAUUCGAAGAAAGAUGUUAAA